AUGCAGAGCGUAGUACACAGUACGCAGGAUGCAGGACGCAGUGCGCGUUACGCAUUACGCAUUGCGCGGUCCUGCGCUAUGGUUCCUGGAGGUGAUGUCUUUGGAGAUGUUCCGGAGAAGCUUGGGGACGAUCAGUAUCGCGCGUUUGAGAGUGGCCUCGACGAAAUUAGAGCGGACAAUCCUUCAUGGGGAGGUGUUGUGACUGAUCUCGCGGAUUUGACGGAAGAAGAUGUUCGGGAGCUCGAAGUGAUGUUCCCUACGGAUACUCUGGCCCUUAGUUUGAUUCCCUUUCCUUCAAGUCAGUGUUGUGAGAAGGUGCUCGCUCACGAAGAACGUACUUGCUCGGAACGUGCUCCUAGGUCUUUCGUCGUUGGCUUGCCUGUAGGUAACAGAGUUCCAAGACGCCGCAGAGAUCGUAUGAGAGAACGCAUCCCCCACGAUACUGGAAGUUCCCUAUGCGACAAGAGGUAUAUACCCUGCAUUACUGGCCUCUUCGGAACGCCUGACGAUCUCCAGGUUACGCUACCGAACGCUGAUGAACGGCCGUGGGAUUGCCCAGCAGGUUACCUUUGCGUUUACGUUGACUAUUUAACCGACUGCGGCCUUUGGUGUCCCAUCCCAGAAUUUCUAACGAGUUACUGUGCGCGACGGAAGAUUGCAUUUUCGCAGUUGUCGAUCUCGUCUAUCCGUAAUGCAGUUGGGCUUACAAUAAUGGCCGGUCUCACGAUCGUGAGCGGCCAGAAGAGUCAUAUUCACGAUUGGCGAAGACGAUUCUUCUACGUAGAAAUAAAUGAUGCCUCGAUCGAGGAUCCCGACACGAUCUGCCCUCCCAAUUGGAACUUCGCCCCGGUAGCCGUGGCUGGGUUGGGAAAAAAGUCGUCAUUUUCGGCUGCGUGCGACUUGGGAACUGUUGACAAAGCUGCUUCCUUUAUUUCGUGUUCGCGAACCGGAUUGCAAAUGGGAGACUGUCCGAUGACGUUCUAUGCUGAUUUGUUCGAUGCCGAGGAUGCGCCAGCUAUCGCGACCGACGUUGUUGUACCGAACGCCGAGACCGACGUGGAGAUUGUUGCUGUGGAGGGCGAGGAUGGCGAGUUGCCCGUUCCCAAGGGUGAGCCUAGUCGUAGAUCUCGUUCCGCCGAGGUUGCUGGAACUCGUGCUGCGAAGAUGCCUUCUUCGGUGUCUCAUAAGAGUGCUCCAGCAGCUGGUGGUGGUGAUCGUGCUCGGAAGAGGACGUCACGCUCGAGUCCUCGGAGUGAUGCUGGAGGAAGUUCUAGGCGCCCUCAUCGCAUGGAGGAUGGUCAUGUGGGGAUUGACCACUCCUUCUCCUUUCGCUAUGACGUGAAGGACCAAGCGUUUACCGGCGAUUCGAGUGCUUGCGCGGACCUCGCCAGCAAGAUUCAUGGUGAUUUCGUCUUGCUUCCUACCCCUGGCAAUCUGGCUUGUCCAACUACGUACGAGGAAGCCGCGUUGAGCUGGAUGAAUCGCCUCGCUGGAGAUUACGAGGAUAAGGUACGUGUUGCUAGGAGGGAAGCCUCACUCAUUCAGGAUGCGUUUGUUCAAGCUGAACGGUCGAGCAAGGAGAAUGCAACACUCGUCAAGGAGCUGAUGGCCUCCCUCAAGCAAUCCCAACGGAAGCUGACUACCGAGUCGGAGCGACUUAGGAAGGCGAGGGACGAGCGCGGGGAGCGGGAGCGUGCUAAGGCUGCUGUUGUGAUUGGGAUGCAUUGCAAGCUUAUUGACCUCCUGAGGAGGCACGUGAUUGCGUCACGCGAGAAACAGUCUGACUUGCUCCUUCUUAGCCAAGUGACGGGGACUAGACAAUGUCUUGAGAAAUUGAUCAAGAGGGGCAUUGCUAUUCCCGAAGAUAGGAUGUUGCGUCUUGCUGCUAGCGAGGAGGAGUUCCGGACGAAAGUGAACCAAGUUGCAGUGCCUCCGCUCUUCGAUAGUGAUCUCGAGCCAUUCCCGGAAUCUGCUGAUGGAGGUGGCGAUGAUGCUGCAAACGAGUGA